AUGCUGAUACGUCUCUUAUGCAGCUUUUUUAUUCUCAUAAAUAUCUGUGAUGCGAAAAGAAAAAACACAAGAAGGAAAGAACUCAAAUCCGAAGAGGGAUACUGCACGUGGUAUGACCAGUGCUACUUUGACUCUGGCGCAAAUGUCUGGUACAAUUGCCCAUACAACAAGAAAGCGAAAAAGUUGACGGAUGAGAAAGGACUCGAAAUACUGAAGGAUCUCUGUCCUUCUCUCUACGGCGAUGGCAAAGGAGUCAAAACAUGUUGCUCACCUAGCCAGCUGGCGAAUAUGAAGGCAAACAUGGGUGUUCCAUACACUUUAAUUGGCCGCUGCCCGAGUUGUUACAGGAAUUUUCUAAAUUUCUGGUGCGAGAUGACUUGUAGUCCCAAUCAAAGCACCUUCACCAAUGCAGCUGCUUUUGGAAAAGACAGCAGCGUUGACCCACCAGUUGAGUACGUAAAAGAACUCAACUACGCUGUCAAUGCUUCUUUCGGAGACCGCCUUUUUGACAGUUGUAAAAACGUCUCCAACCCGACAACUGGUGCCAAAGCGUUAGACAUCAUUUGUGGCAAUUGGCCCGACGGAUGCAACGGGCAGAAUUGGCUGACCUUUUUGACAGACAAAAGCAUCAAUAAUAUGGUUCCAUUCAAGAUUAAUGUGAAGUAUACGUUGGAAGGCACCGAGAUGUCGAAUUUAAUGAACGCUGAGACAUUCAGGUGCAACGAGACGGCACCCGGCUCAGACGGCCCCUGUUCCUGCAAUGAUUGCCCUGAUUGUUGCAAAGCUCCUCCAGUGAUUCCACCCCCGCCAGAGCCCUGGGAAAUCUUCGGCUACCACGGAUGGACAGUCAUCGUCAUCUUCACUUAUGUAAUCUUCGUAUGGGCUUUCGGAACAGUUGUUAUUGCUUGGCAUUUAUUCUGCAAACAGAGUCAGGGGCACACGUCAGAAGGCUGCUGCACGCUGGUGGACUUCUACGGUGGCGGACCGCAAGAACUUGCGAUUGAUGAAUUAAUUCAUAAACGAGCGACUCAGAGGGAAGUAAUCGAGCACGAGCAGCUAAAUGCGCAUGAAUUCAAUGGAGACCAGGGUCCAUUUACGAAUUUGACAAAUCGUAUCGAUCAGAAAAUGUCGCUCUUCUUCGAGGCACUCGGCUUAAUCUGCGCAAGUAAUCCGUGGAAAGUGAUCUUUGCUGGUAUUACCGUAGUCGUCGCGCUGGGCUUAGGAUUGAUGAACUAUCAAAUCACAACCGAUCCAGUCGAGUUGUGGUCAAGUCCGACAAGUCAAGCUAGAGAGGAGAAGAAUUACUUUGACGAGAACUUUGGCAAGUUCUUUAGGACCGAAAUGAUGAUCUUCUCAAUUGAUCAUGUUGUUGACAGUGCGGAUAAAGCGAAAAACGUCAAACUGGCAGAUCUAUGGCAGGACUACGUCCCAUACACGUCAGCAACCGAUUAUGUGCCUCCAUCAGUUCCAUUCUCACCAAUUUUCCAACUUGGGAUCCUCGAAGAACUGGUCCGAAUCCAGAACGAAAUUCAAACACUUGAAGCUGUUUAUGAAGACGCUAAAUCGAACACAACUGAAUCGAUCAAGCUCAGCGAUAUCUGCCUCAAGCCGAUGGCGCCUGUGAAUAACAACUGUACUUUCAUGUCUGUGACGAACUACUUCCAGAACUCUAUUGAGAAUCUCCGAAAGAAAGCUGUGGAUGGAUGGUUCGACACUCUUUUAGCCGAUUAUCGAUCGCAUUUAAUCGGAUGUACGCGUAAUCCGACAACGAUCGAAGAAGAUUCCGCUACUUGGGAGGCGGCAGGUGAGCAGGCCAUGUCAUGUCUUGCUUCCUUCGGCGGCCCAAUAAAUCCAAACGUCGUCAUCGGCAGCUACGAUGAAAAAUUCUUCUUUAAUGGCAGCCAUUUGGUUGUUAAUAUUCCAGUGAUAAAUAAUGAAUGGACUGCCCCGAGGGCUGUGCUUUGGGAGAAGCAGUUUCUUGAUUACAUCCAGACUUGGCAGGAUAAACACUCAAUCGUGAACCUAACCGAUUUCAAUAUUAACGACGAUGGAUCAGUAGACCCUGAUAAACCAGCUUGGGUGAGAGUCAAGAUGAACGUUGCUUAUUCUGCCGAAAGAAGCGUGGAAGAUGAAAUUGAACGUGAAAGUGGGACGGACGUUUUUACCGUUCUUUUUUCAUACAUCGUCAUGUUUGCGUAUGUCAGCUUCGCCCUAGGUCAAUUUACGUCAACAUCGCGAGUGUUUAUUGACUCCAAGAUUACCGUCGGUUUCAUGGGCGUCUUGAUUGUCAUGGCUUCCAUUAUCUGCUCCCUCGGGAUCUUCAGCUAUGCCGGCGUUAAAAUGACUCUGAUUAUUAUCGAAGUUUUGCCAUUCCUCGUCCUUGCCGUUGGAGUAGACAACAUCUUCAUCAUCGUCCAGCAUCUCCAACGCGAUCAUGGUUCGAGCAAAGAAACAACUGAGCAGCAAAUAGCUAGAAUUCUUGGAGAAGUAGGACCUUCUAUGGCCUUGUCAAGCGGGUCCGAAACUGUAGCAUUCUUUAUCGGAGCUUUGAGUACAAUGCCUGCUGUAAGGUCGUUUUCGCUUUUUGCUGGAGCUGCGGUUUUAUUUGACUUUUGUCUGCAGGUGACGGUCUUUAUUGCCGUUUUGGCUCUCGACGAGCGACGACGAAAAUCAAAGCGUUUGGACAUUUUCUGUUGCAUUUCGUACAACAAUGCCAAAGACCCAGAAAACGACGAAGGCCUGCUGUACCACAUGACAAAGCGUUACUUUUCGCGACUUCUACUCAAUUCAAUUGCUCGUCCAUUCAUAAUAAUCGUAUUUUCCUUUAUCGCCGCGUUUUCACUGGCCUCUUUACCUAAACUCCACAUUGGCCUUGAGCAGAAGUUGUCCAUGCCCGAAGAUUCGUAUUUGAUCGACUACUUCGAGACAAUGGCGUCUAGCCUUGAAGUCGGCGCUCCAGUUUACUUUGUUGUCAAAGACGGAAGCAACUACAAUGAGCGAGACGCUCAAAAAGCCCUCUGCGGUGGCGCAGGAUGUAAUGACGAUUCUCUCCCUUCACUUAUCGCUGACGCAGCACAGAUUCCAAGCUAUUCUACAAUAGCCACGCCCGCGAUGAACUGGAUGGAUGAUUACUUCGAUUGGGUCAGCCCUAACUCGCCCUGUUGCAGAGUUUUCAACGAAAACGGAACUUUCUGUGAUAGCACAGUACCGGAUCGUGAAAAUAUCUGCACUCAGUGUCUUUCGGAGAACAAACGACCAUCUGGAGAAGCGUUUGACAGAUUCCUGCCGAUGUUCUUGAGCGAUAUCCCUUCAGCUACUUGCCCAAGAGGAGGCAGUGCUGCAUACUCGUCAGCUAUUAACAUCACUGAUGGUCAUAUUGGUGCAUCGUAUUUUAUGACUUAUCACACUCCAGCGAGAACAUCUGAGGAUUUUAUUCAAUGCAUCACUCAUGGACGAAAAAUGGCGGUAGAAGCGUCUGACAAUCUGAAAAACGCUACCAACUCCGACUCGGCCGAAGUCUUUACCUACUCCGUCUUUUACGUCUUCUACGAGCAGUAUUUAACCAUCGUCAAUGAUGCCUUCGUCAACCUCUCCGUCUGUAUUUUGACUGUGACUCUGAUAACGAUGAUCUUGUUGGGUGUUGCUACAGGCAUUUGUGUGGCGAUUACCAUUUCGCUGAUUAUUCUGAAUCUUCUUGGGGUCAUGGUUGUCUGGGAAAUUUCAUUAAAUGCAAUUUCACUUGUCAAUCUUGUCAUGGCUACUGGAAUCGCGGUCGAGUUCUGCUCGCAUAUCGCUAGAGCAUUCGCCAAAAGUCAACAACAAGGUCGCGUGGCUCGCGCCAGGGAUGCUCUUGCUGAGAUGGGCUCAUCCGUCUUGUCUGGAAUCACUUUCACUAAAUUCGGAGGAAUCGUCGUUCUAGGAUUUUCAAAGACGCAAAUCUUCCAAAUCUUUUACUUCAGGAUGUACUUGAGUAUAGUCGUCCUUGGUGCUCUUCAUGGGUUCUUCUUCCUUCCAGUUCUCCUAUCUUAUAUCGGUCCUACUGGAAGAUUAGGGUUUAAAAAGGUCCAAAGCACUCCAUCAGAAGAUGAAAAUUCGGACCAAAGUCCUAUUGGAAAUAGCAGAGAAGAUAUCAGCGUCACUCCUGAUGUCACUGACGAGAGAUUAAUUCAAUAA